AGGAUGGAGAAGCUAUUUUUGUGCAUGGUUGCCCUGUGCUCGAAUAUGAUCCUUUGCUCAACGUGUGAACUUUCGAAUGUAACAAUUGCACUCGAGAAAGAGGAAUGUGGGGUCUGCAUUACUGUGAAUGCCACGUGGUGCUCAGGAUACUGUCACACUAAGGUCGGUGCAACAGAGUUAACACAAUGAAAAAAUAAUGAGGACUUUAUAACAUUCAGAAAAUAUAAGUAGAAAUGACCACAUUUGCCAUCCGAAUAUAUCUUCGAUUUCAGAGCAGAGGUGAUAUUGUUUUUGUGAUUCGGAUCUGUCUUCCAUGGUGCCUUUCAUGAGGUUAUAGCAGGUUUCUGGGAGUUGUAGUUCAGCUGUUAGCUUUCUACAAUAGAAUAUUGAACUGCAAGUCAUGUGAAGUGCUUGCUCAUAGACGUUCUAUGGCUCAGAUUGGCUAUCUCAAGCCCAUGUAAUGCAGCUCUUUAGCCCCCAAUCUCUACAGUUGGCGGAGGGGGAAAGGAAGAUUGUUUUGUUUAAUUUUAAUUUAACCUCAGGCAAGUGCUUUUCAAAGCAGCCACUUAUUAUAAAAAGAAAGAUCAGUAAUAUCGUGCUCUGCCGGGCUACUUAGGGGAAGAUGGGUGCCCCCCAGGUGACUGUCAGAAGGGGUUGCUGCUCACCCCUUUAGUAAUUUUGUAGCAUGGUGGGAUCACAUUGAAUACCUGGCUGUGCAGUAUGUGCUUGUUUCUGACUAUCCUGUCUUUGAGAUCCUGGAGAGCAUCCGCGGCACGAUGUACCUGGGUAGAGAGGACGGAUAUGUCAUGAUAUCCACACCUCUCUGCUAGGGAUGGGGUCAUCACAGUUUCCUUUGGGCAGAGGCCACUGGUGUUAAUGGAACCUAGCAUUGCCCCUGUGUUAGCUGUUCUAAUAAAGCAUUGCUCAUUAAAAUAAUGUCUGCAAUGCAAAUAAUAGUUCUUACACUGUUUGAAAUGUAUGUAAGGCUACUGAAAUAUUAAAAUUCCAUCUGCUGGCAAACUACAAAUCCCAUCAACCUUUGCAGGCCAUUGUCUGGAGUAGAAUUCAGCUCACAGCUGAUGUGUGAUACGGAUUAAUUUGAUGUUGGGGCUACCCGUCUUUAAAUGAUCAGGUGCUAUGUAUAUGUGAGAGUUUCUUUAUGAAUUAUCAUUUCAUUUAAUAACUAAUGAGAAUACAUCAAUGCAAUUAACAGUCUAAAUAAUAUUGGUGUUUGUUAGAGUAUUUUUAAAAAUAAAAAUAAAUUCAUUUGGAUCUGCAAACAUACUGUAAAACUACUUUCUAGAUUCACUAUGCAAGGAGAAUGAAUUCAUUUGCUUUCCAAGUAAUUAUUAUUAAAUAUGCUUUUUGAAUAAUAUUUCUUCACCACUUGAAGUUAAAUUACUCCCGUACAGCUUUGCUUCUCAAUUGAAUUAAACGUACAUACCAAUUAAGUUUUUAAAGAGAUAGUAGUAUGUUUUUUUUAUGCAAUAACAAAGAACCGUAAGGUUUAUCUAUAUCAGGUAUGAAUUCCCAAUAAUUCAGACUUUAGCGAAUAAUCCUGCGUAGUGGAAAACAUAGCUAAAUUGGAUAUUUUUUCAUUUUGACUAUUUUGUCCUACAUGUGCUGUUCCCUUUCACGAAGUUCUACGUUUUUGCGAAUAAACAUCUCUGUAAUCUUGGUAUCUCGUUCAAACCCCACGCUUAGUGGGAGUAAAAUGUAAAGUCCAGAGGGAGCAGAUGUAGCCGGUGCUAAUACUCUAUAUUUGUAUAUUUUAGGAUCCAUCUAUGAAGCCAAUAUUUACGACGAAGGUCCAGCGUGUGUGCACUUACAAGGAAGUUAUUUAUGAAACCGUGAAAUUACCUGGCUGCCCUGAUAACGUGGACCCUUAUUAUUCCUAUCCUGUGGCUACGGAAUGUCACUGCGGGCAGUGUGAUAUGGAAACAUCUGACUGCACUGUGAGGGGCUUAGGACCAUCCUACUGUACUCAAAGACAAGAGAAGGAAUGACGAGUUUUAAUAUUAAAUCGGCUGUUCAUUCCAUUGGACUCAUAUAUAUGUUUCUAUCACUUUGUAAAUUCUUUCUGUACACUAUAGUUAAAUCAUGUCGGUCGAGUGGUGGAAGACUCCCGUUCGCUAACUAUAACUCCAUAAUGAGCAAAGUCCAUUCUGGGACAAACACGGCAACUACAAUGCAUCCCCUUGUAUCACCGAAAGAAUCUCUCUGUUUUGUGUAUCAAAAUGCCUAGCCGGACACAUUUGGGUUAUCUCUCCUACCCCUUCCC